GAAAAUAUCCAUGGCGGAUAAGCAAAUGUUUUACUCUUUCUUGCUCUUCUCCUCUGCUCCAUCAGUGAGAAGAAAGCUUCACUAAUUGUCUCCUUUCAUGGGUUUUUGACUGUUGGGGUACUUUUUUUUCACUUCCACUGGAUAUAAAAGCCCACCUGUUACAGCAGCAGUAAUUAAAUACUGCUUUCCUUAUUCUUUUUGUGCAAUGAAGGAAAUUUGUCAUUGGGUCUCCUAGCAGAAAAUGACUGAAGAGCAUAUGUAAAUCACCCUGGAAGAAGUCACUUCUCUGUGAGCUUUACAUGAGCAUCCCCAUUCUAUGAGAAGGAAGAGGAGAAGGAUCUGUCAGCCUUCUUAGCUGUAAAAUGGGGACUACAGGUGACGACAUGGCUGCAGUGGAGCAGAAUGCCUCCUUGAACCCUCUGUGCUUUGAGUGUGGCCAGCAACACUGGACAAGGGAGAACCAUCUCUACAACUACCAGAACGAAGUGGAUGAUGACUUGGUCUGCCACAUUUGCCUUCAGCCCUUGUUGCAGCCGUUGGACACUCCCUGCGGACACACUUUCUGCUACAAGUGCCUAAGGAACUUUCUGCAGGAGAAGGAUUUCUGCCCACUAGAUCGAAAAAGACUCCAUUUUAAACUCUGCAAAAAAUCCAGCAUCCUUGUUCAUAAACUGUUAGACAAGCUCACUGUUUUGUGCCCCUUCUCUUCUGUGUGUCAGGAAGUGAUGCAACGAUGUGACCUGGCGGGACAUCUUAAAAACAGGUGUCCUGGGGCUUCUCAUCGGAGAGUUGCUCUGGAGAGAAGGAAAACGAGCAAGCUGCAAGCCGAAGCAGAGGGUGAGAGUGGUCUUGGCGGGCUGGAGCAGCCCAGCAGUUUAUCUCCGGACCCUGAUCAGGGAAUAGUGCCAGCUGAGCCGAGCUUUACCUCACCCGCCCUGCCUGCGUGGACAGACGAGCCCGGCAUCGACAAUCCGCCUUUUGAGGAGAGCACAGUAGCAGACACAAAUCAACAGCCACCUACCUUGCCUGAAGGAGAGAUUACUACUAUUGAAAUUCAUCGGUCCAAUCCUUAUAUUGAAUUGGGAAUUAGCAUAGUGGGUGGCAAUGAAACACCUUUGAUCAACAUUGUCAUUCAAGAGGUUUAUCGAGAUGGGAUCAUUGCCAGAGAUGGAAGACUUCUUGCUGGAGACCAAAUACUUCAAGUCAAUAGCUUUGACAUAAGCAACGUGUCCCACAACCAUGCCCGAGCCGUGCUGUCCCAGCCAUGCUCGGUGCUGCACCUGACGGUGCUGCGGGAGCGGCGCUUUGGCAGCCGCACGCACACGCACGCGGAGGCGCCGGGCUCCGGGCGCGAGGACAGCUUCCAGGUGACCCUGCACAAGCGCGACUCCAGCGAGCAGCUCGGCAUCAAGCUCGUGCGCAGAACAGACGAGCCGGGGGUUUUCAUCCUCGACCUCUUGGAAGGGGGCUUGGCUGCCCAGGACGGCAGGCUCUGCAGUAACGACCGCGUGCUGGCCAUUAACGGGCACGACCUCAAGCACGGCACGCCGGAGCUCGCUGCUCAGGUUAUACAGGCAAGCGGGGAGAGAGUGAACUUGAUCAUCUCUAGACCCCUGAAGUCACAGACAGUCAGCAUUAUCCGUGACACCGGGACUCACAACAGCAACUCACACCAACACCAGUCCCAGCAGCUGUUUCACAGCAGACCUAACUCACAUAAGGAUCUCUCCCAGUGUGUUACAUGCCAAGAAAAGCACAUUACUGUGAAAAAAGAGCCACAUGAAUCUCUGGGAAUGACAGUGGCAGGAGGCAGAGGCAGCAAAAGUGGCGAACUGCCCAUCUUUGUGACAAGUGUGCAGCCUCACGGGUGUUUGGCAAGAGACGGCAGGAUUAAACGAGGUGAUGUGCUGCUGAACAUCAACGGCAUUGAUCUAACCAACCUGAGUCACAGCGAGGCCGUGGCCAUGCUGAAGGCUAGUGCUGCCUCUUCAGUAGUUGCCCUGAAAGCCCUGGAAGUCCAGAUUGUAGAAGAGCAGCCCCAGGCUAAUGACGAGCAAUUGAGUACCAUCAGUGAAAAUGAAUACGAUGCCAGCUGGUCACCGUCAUGGGUCAUGUGGCUGGGACUUCCAAGCUGCCUGCAUAGCUGCCAUGACGUGGUGCUGCGGCGGAGCAAUUUAGGGAGCUGGGGCUUCAGCAUUGUCGGUGGCUACGAGGAGAACCACACAAACCAGCCUUUCUUCAUUAAAACAAUUGUUCUUGGAACUCCUGCCUACUUUGAUGGAAGAUUAAAGUGUGGUGAUAUGAUUGUUGCUGUAAACGGACUCUCCACAGUUGGAAUGAGUCAUUCUGCGCUCGUUCCCAUGCUGAAGGAGCAGAGGAACAAAGUGACUUUAACCGUGAUUUGCUGGCCUGGAAGCCUCAUAUAGAGUUGUGAAUCACUUUGGUUCAAGCAGCAUCUUUUUCUAGAUAGCUGGCACAAAAAUCUCCUCUUUUUUUUCCCUAUUGAUACAGCUGGUUAAAAGCAGGGCCAAAACUGCUGUAUUUUCCUUUUUUAGAGGCCUCUCAGUCUACUGUACCUGUUUUGCCAUCCUGAAAUAGCUAUUUUUGUUUGCUGUGUCUGUUGCUGACACAAAUGCAAAUGUAUUCGCGCUCACAGAGAAAGCCCCACUCAAAUAUGGCUGUCAUUGAGCUUUUCCCAUCAGGCUUGUAGGGUCAGCAGAAGAACUUAGUGGUUCUUUGGGUUUCUCUGCAAAGCCCUCAAGUUGUAUUGUGGUACAUAAAUGUAACAUUCAUUUGCCCACUCUUCCUAGCAAAGAGAACGUGUGUCCAUACCCGAAUGACACAUCUGUCUGCUGCUCUGAACCAAAACCUGUUUCCAAAGGUUACAUCUCUUCCUUUCCUAAACUUUUCCCUUUUUGAUUCCAUAUUUUCGGCUGAUUCAAGUAUUCCAUCUUACUCAUCAGAAAUUACUUGGUCCCCCAAAUUUUUUUUGCAGGGCAUCAGUGUUCAUAGAAAAGUAGGACAAAAGCCUGAUAUUACUAGAACUUUUAUAAAGUGCAAUAAUUGGACUCUUUGAUAGGAAACUUUAAUAUAUUAGAGUUUGUACCCUAUAA